AUUAAUAAGGAGGAGGAUAUCAUAUCAGAGUAGACUUUGAGGACAGAGCAAAAAAAAAAAAAGGAGAAAAAAUGGCUUCCGAGUUUUGUUCAUCCAGUCCGAAAAGUCCCCUGCUAGCGGCAUCCAUUGAAGAAAGAGAUAUUUCAUCAAACAGUUGGUGUGCAAAGUUGAUGGAUGUAGAAGAAGCUAAGAAUCAGAUGAUUUUUGCUUUGCCAAUGAUUGUAGUGAACAGUUGUUUCUACUUCAUCAACCUUGUUUCCGUCAUGUUCGCCGGUCAUCUAGGGAAGCUCGAGCUAGCUGCCUCAAAUCUUGCUAAUUCAUGGGCUAUGGUUACUGGUUUCUCUUUCAUGGUUGGCCUUAGUGGUGCACUUGAGACAUUAUGCGGCCAAGGAUAUGGAGCAAGAAUGUACAGAAUGUUGGGGAUACAUUUGCAGGCAUCAUGCAUCAUAUCAUUCUUCUUUUCUGUGGUGAUUUCUGUCAUCUGGUGGUAUUCUGAUAUGAUUCUGGUUUUACUUCAUCAAGAUCCUGACAUAGCUAGAGAAGCUGGCGUGUUCUUGAGGUUCCUCAUACCUGGAUUGAUUGCAUAUAGUUUACUGCAAAACGUUUUGAGAUUUCUUCAGGCACAGUCAAUCAUCAUGCCUCUGGCUUUCUGUUCAGUGGGAUCUUUAGUUAUCCACAUUGGGAUUGCCUAUGCGUUUGUUCAUUGGACAGGUCUUGGUUUUAAAGGAGCAUCAUUAGCAGCUUCCAUUUCCAUCUGGAUCUCACUUCUUACGUUGGGUCUAUACGUGCUCUUUUCAAAGAGAUUCAACCAUAUCUGGAGGGAUGGUCUCACGUUCGAGCCAUUUCUUCAUAUUCUUACAAACUUGAAGUUGGCUUUGCCCUCUGCUGCCAUGGUAUGCUUGGAGUAUUGGGCUUUUGAGCUUCUUGUGUUAUUGGCUGGUUUGAUGCCAAACUCAGUAACAACUACUUCUGUGGUAGCUAUGUGUGUAAAUACACAAAACAUAGCCUACAUGAUAUCUUAUGGUCUGAGUGCAGCUGCAAGCACUAGGGUGGCAAACGAGUUAGGAGCUGGAAAUCCUGAUAAAGCUAAGCAUGCUAUGUUUGUUUCUCUCAAGCUAUCUGUUCUUCUUGCCAUUGCAGUUGAUUUGGCUCUAUUUUUUGGUCAUAAUGUCUGGGCUAGCCUCUUCAGUGAUAAUGCGGAGAUAAUUAACAAAUUUGCUUCCAUGACACCACUCCUUUUAAUCUCCUUUGUGUUCGAUUUCAUUCAAGGAAUCCUAUCAGGGGUGACUAGGGGAUGCGGAUGGCAACAUUUGGCGAUGUGCAUCAACUUGGCAACAUUCUAUUUCAUCGGUAUGCCAAUAGCUGGCCUCCUUGCUUUCAAGUUCAACCUACAUUCUCAGGGUUUAUGGUUGGGCUUGAUUUGUGGUCUAGCUUGCCAAUCUUCUGGCUUGUUGCUACUGACAUUGAUGACCAGAUGGGGAAUAGUAAAAGAAGUCUCAACAAAUAGCAAUACAGAAAAUUUACUCUAGCUUAAGCAUGAGUUUAUGAAAAUUACUUCUCUUUGAUGAUUGAUUAAUUAAUUUUAUUUCCAUUUUUAAAAAGAUUUGUGAUAUGUCUAACAUAAUUAAAAAUGAGCCGCA